AUGUCAUCCCAACUGCGUCAAGAGAUUCCGAUGGUUCAAUUUCUUACAAAUCCCUUUCCAUUCGUACGAUCUCACCUAAGUCCACUCUACAUUUUCCUUUUCAAACUCUUUCUUCCUUCCAAUCACUCUAAACUAUCAUCACAACUCGAAAGGUGUGAAAUUAUUUUACAACAAACAUUGGCAUUCGUUCAUUAUUUCCACCCAUCUCUUCUCAAUCGAUGGUUACAUGCAUCCACUAUUGUACCUUUCUUUUGUGGAAUUUUCCUCGUACUUGGUUUUCUAGUUAAAAGUGCAUUUGGAUUGGAAGUGACUUUUCCUUUUGUGGUUGUGUGGAGUUUGCUGUUUGUUUUCUUUGUUAUGGGAAUUGAUCGAUAUGCAUCCAUAAUUUUAGCUCUCUAUUGUACUGCCAUUUGUUACACUUGUCAUUGGUUAUUGAGAAAUAAUGACGCAUUGACAACUGGCAUUCCAACUCUAAACAGUGGACAAGUCCAUGUACUCCUUUGGGGUUUGAGCUUGCUUUCUCUUGCAUCUAUAGGUCAAGUCGUGUUGGGACAUUUAUGGAUCGAUCAAAGAACACCUGCUUUCUUAAUUCAAGAAGCUUUAUUAAUCACUCCAAUUUAUAUGAUCUUGUCAUGCGUGUUGAUGGAAAACCCAUUGAUUAGAUAUUUGCCAAAUUUGAAGAAUAACAUUGAGAACCAUGCAACGAGUGAAAACUUUCAACGUUAUGCAAGAAUAAAGUAG